AUGGACAACACCCACCCGCCAUCCGAUGGCUCCUCGCGGCCACCGCCACAGCGUGAUCCCGUGAGCGAGAGCGACCUCGACCCCGCUGCUUUUCUCAAAAGCGUCCGAGAGCUGUCGGAGAAGCGCGAUCGUGAGGACCAGGAGAGAGUGCGGAAGCUGGAAGAAGAAGUGCAGAAGGGACGCGAACAACGGGCGGCGCGGAGACUGGAACGAGCACGAUCCAUCUCGCCCGAUAAACAACAAACACCUGCUUCGCCCGCAGCCCGCCCACUGUCCCGCACCACCACCAAUGCCAGCCUACACGCAUCGCCGCCAGUGACCAUGACCCCUCCCUCUUCCUCCGCCGAGGCCAAUGGCCGCAACUCAGCCCCAGAGCCUGAAAAGUCGGUUGCUCCAGAAGGACGAGAUGUACCAGACUUCAAGGGCUUUGGGUCAAUAAAGCGAUCCAGCACAACGUCUACAACCUCUGCAGCAUCAAACAGAGACUCAGCUUCGGCCUCUACCCCCAGCGCCUCCAAUCUGGCGCGAUCAGGCACACUCUCAUGGCAGCAGCGUCCGCGACCGGGCUCGAAACUCGGUGGAAGCCGGCCUUCAUCGAUGGUGCUCACUGGUAGUAAGCCUGUCCAGGAGCGGACUGACGAACCUGAGCCGAGCCGAGAUCAAAUCGCAGCAUCACUGGGCGCUCGCGACCCCUCGUGGUUCAAGCAAACGGCGGAUCGUGGCAUUGGGUCUGCUGCAUAUAGAAAGAGCAAGGACGAGGCGCCUUCGAGUGAGAAUGUCAUGUCAGGGAGAAGAGGCCUUCCAGGAAUGUCAAGAGAAUCAUCAGCAGAUCCUGAAAGCUUGGGCAGCCCACCAAUGUCGGAUGCGAGGUCUGACCUCUUCACGAGAGGAUCCUCAAUACGUGAGAGCACGUUCUCGAAUAGCAGCAGCAGGGAUUCUGCAACCUCUACUUCGAGCAGAAAACCGGAUCUAAAGUCACUCUUGGCGGAGGAUGAAGACCAGCAACGAGCCUCGCCGAGUUUCGAUCAAGCUUCAAUUGCGAGCGGCGACUCUGGCAGCGUUGCGCGGACUUUGACCAUGUCGAGCUCUCAGGCACGAUUGACAAACGUCGGUGACAGACCCGCAUCGCCCACGAAAGGAGUUGGUGGUUUUGUGCAGAGCGCGAUGAUGAAGCGAUCGGACAGUCAUAACAAACGCUGGAGUGCACAACCCGGUGCCAGUCUUAGCAGGCAGAACUCUGUGGCAAGUGCACGAAGCGGGUUGGGUGGACUGCAAGGAUCGCAUAGCAUGCCUAAACUUGAGCCGACAUCGACAAACCGCGAAUCGAAGACAGAGAGCUCAUCAAGGCCUACCAGCUCAAGUAAUGGCUUGGGUGGCCUGCACCUGAAUACCGCGCAAGAUGAUGAGAAAUUCGUUAAGCCUGCGUUGCCUCACCACAGCAGGAGCAAAUCCGUGGCAUCCAAUUACAGCGCCAACGAUGACGGCCCAAGCGUCCCACAGUCUCCUGGGAGUCCUUCGAAACGAUGGAGUCCGAACAAGUCCAGUUGGCUGGAGAGCUCGAUUUCUCGGCCUGAAUCUCCAAAGCCUGCACCCUCAAGGAACAGUCAACCCAGCUGGAUGGCGGAUCUGGCGAAGGCGAAGGCGCAGCGUGCAAGCACUGAUUCCACGCUAUAUGCUGCUGAAGCGCAGAAGACCGUGGGAGACGAAGGCUCAAGGCCCGGAUCCCCCACUAAGACCACGCCGUUUGGCCAGAGUGUCCUGAAACGUUCAGAGUCUAAGGAUCUGUCGCAAACAACUACUCCCACGAACAAACUUAAGCCUCUACGGUUAGCAGACAAGUUUACGACGUCGCCAGCCAACCCUUCGCCGCCUGCAAGUAAGCCAGAAGAGACAGCUGCCUCUCCCCCGAAACCCUUGGGCGAUCCUAUCGACUUGGAGCCGAAAAAAGGACUCACUCAGACGUCAACACAGCUGCCUGACAUACCAGUGGAAUCAGCGAAGUCGCCGCCACCUGCUGUCGCAGAGAAGCCAGCGAGUCUUCCAAAGCCUGAGCCGGAGACCCAGUCUGUCAAGUCGCCGCCUCUUCCAAGUGCUGAACCUACUACCCCUAAGACUGGCAGACGCAGUCGGAGUUCAACGCUGAAGUCACCACCCAUCAACAAGAGCAAGGCGAAGCCAGAUACUCCACCGAAGAUGCCGACUACAGACUUCCGCAGCCAGCUGAAGUCACGACCACGCCCUGAGUCGAAGCCUAAAGAUGAGCCUGAAUUCUUGUCCAAGUUUGGCAACCUGCGGAAGACCCAACAGGAACGCUACGUCGCGCCGGAUGUGCUUAAGGAUAACAUCGUGCGUGGAAAGUCUGGCCUUGCCAAUACGACAGGACCUGUCAAGACUGAACGCAAAGACGAGCUAAAGGAGAGUCUACUGGCCAAAAAGGGUGACAUACAAAAAGCAAAAGAAGAAGGCCGUGACCUACCUGGUCAGGCGCACGAGAGGAAGAUUAGCGGAGCACCUCAAGCGCCUUCGAAACCUGAAGCCCUUGCUAAGCGAGAGUUGCUUGGACGCUCUGACUGCGCCAGGAGCGUACAGACCACUGAGAAGACCAGAGAAGCGACCCCUGAAGCUCUCACACGACACAAGAGCUUGAAGGAGAAAUCAGUGUCUGAAGCGCCGCCGAAAGUGACACCAGCCCCUGCACAGACACCGGAACAGAUACCGGUACAGACACCUGCACCUGUACAGACACCUGAACCUGCAACUGCCGAGUCGACCUUCCAGCCUCUGAGUAGACAAACCAGCGAAUCAAGUUCUACAGAGACCAAGCCAAGUCUUGAGAAGUCGAAGUUGGCUGCACGCUUCAAUCCUGGACUUGCUGGCAUACUCGCUCGAGGGCCACCCUCAAAUCGAACUUCUAGGCCCGAGAGUCCAGCGACGCCAGGCCGAUCUGUUCCUCAGACCACGUCAAGCGAGCCUCCCAAAGCUGGUGAGCCACUGCAAGAUGUUCGAAAAGACCGCGCGAAGGGCCCAAAGCGACGCAAAGGUGCCACAAAGGCUACCACUUCUACUCCCGAACCCUCAUCAGCGCCCCCAGCUGACAACGAGGCUAGCGUGCCGCCCACUAAGCCGAAGCCACCUGCACUGCCAGGCUCAGCAGCGUCUGUUAUGAUGGCAUCUCUCAACAAAACUCCACGACCCAUUAGCGUUGGCCCAUAUGGACAGGAGUCCGAGAAAGCCGCUGAUCCAGAGAAGGAUGAAGACACCAAAGCAACGCAAGCAAAGGCAAAGCCGGCAGCACUCCAAGGGUCUGCAGCAUCAAUAAUGAGGGCAUCGUUAAGCAAAAGCCCGCAGCCAGACAAAGACUUUCAAGAGGAGGAGAAGCCAAGUACUCCUACGAAGCCGACCUUCACUCGCGGAGCUGUUGAUCUGCAGAAGCCAGCAACGCCCUCCAAGAGUCCUUCUCUGAUUGGUAGAGGAACGUUCAGCCCGGAGAGGUCCAGCAACGAGACCGCGUCGCCCAGUGUAGUUCCAGCAUUCAAGGGCUUUGGUCCUCGCAGAUCGACCAAAGGCUCCCAACCGGAAGAGAACAAGGAAAACUCGCGGGAUAGUAUACCUUCCGUCAAGGCAGCGGCUACCCAAUGGGGGCGUAGACCGUCUCCUCCUAAGAGCGAUGGACCUUCUCAAAUCCAGUUACCAACAAGGAAAGACGAGGAAGCUGCCAUGAGGUCGGCUGGAUUGCUUGCUUCGAGUCCAAAGAAAAGCGGUCUUGGAAUCACUGUUGAGAAGAAUGGAGACCAGCCCUCACCACCAGCCUCUGCUGGGCUGCCACCCAAACCUGCGAAGUCCUCGCGGACGGUUAGUGGCCAGCUAGCGGAGGCUUCCCCCAAUAAAGGCUUGACGAAUGGCAGUCCCAUUCCGGAUCAGCCCAGCACUGCCACGGGCAGCCUGCUCAGGACUUCGUUCGGCACAAUACCCAAGUAUCGAGAGCCGCUGGCCAUAGACACGCAGACAGUGAUAAGCCCGAGUCAACCCGUGCCUGAGACAUCAAAAACCUUACGCAAGAGUGUGCAACUAGUCGCACAAGACGGGGCACUGAAGUCACUGGCGCCGCAAGAGGAAUAUACGCAUUACAACGAGUCGGCCUACCUCUGCACGCACACUUCCACCAAUCCCAAAGGUGUCAAAACUUCGCAGAUCUACUUGUGGGCUGGUUCGCGUGCCUCCGAAAGCAACGUCGAGACCGCGAACACAGCCGGCAAAAAGCUCUCGAAGGAGAAUGGCUCUGCCAGUGUCCAGCUUGUGCGUCAGGGCAUGGAGCCGGCUUCUUUCUUGCACUCAAUGGGCGGCAUAUUUGUGACUCGCCGUGGUGGACGGGAUAGCGCAACCAAGCAGUAUAUGCUAUGCGGUCGCAAACACCUCGGCCACAUUGUUUUCGAUGAGGUGGACUUUGCGAUCGACUCGCUGUGUGCUGGCUUCGUCUUCUUGGUCUCUUAUCCUGUUAGCCUGCAGCAGACAAAACUUUACCUCUGGAAAGGCUCUUCCUGCUCGGCUGAAGAACUGAGUGCAGCUCGACUUGCUGCAAUGGAUUUGAGCGAGACUGGUGAAAUUAUAGAGGUGGAUGGAGGUGUUGAAUUCCCAUCCUUCCUCAAGGUCUUUGGCGCCAACACCACCAAGUGGAAUGUCCCCAAGGUCUCCGACGUCUGGCAAUCGAAAGCUGCAUCGCCCGACAAGUUCAAGUCACGGCUUUUCAGGAUCCAGCAAGCUGAAGCCAAAACCGGCCUCCUCACGACCCUAUGGAACAGACGCCCAAGCUGGAACAGCCUCUCACCCGCUCGCUCACCCGCAAGAGACGCAGAGGAAGUCAAAGUCGAAGCCAAAGAAACCACUCCAUUCACACAAGAACAGCUCGACGUCGACGGGAUCUACCUCCUAGACGCGCACAGCGAAGUCUUCAUCCUCAUCGGCCCCCUGCUCGCAUCCCACCCAGACCGCAUUCGAGACACUCUCCUCGGACAAGCACUGCUCUUCGCAUCUGACUACACCAUCAUGUCAGCCUCGCUAGAAGACCGCCGCUCCAUACCCAAAUGCUCCGUCUUAUUCUCCGGCGUGCCGCGGGAUGUCAAGAUGUUGUUCAGACACUGGGAUGAAGGUAGAGGGCUCUGGGGAACCGCUGGGUUGAUGGCCGGGUCGGCGUCGCCGAGUAUUGGCAGGGAUGUGAAGCUCAUGCCUUUGGAUGAGAUGUUGACGGAGGUUUGUAGGGACUAG